CGAGGGCCGGGCCCGGGCGCGGUGGGCGGGCAGAGCGCGCUUCGGCGGAGGCGGAGCUGUGCGUGUUUCCUCCUUAACCGCGGUGCAGAACCUCAUCUUCAGAUACUUGCAAAACAGAUCUCGGAUUCAGGUGUGGCUUUAUGAGCAAGUGAAUAUGCGGAUAGAGGGCUGCAUCAUUGGUUUUGAUGAGUAUAUGAACCUCGUAUUAGACGAUGCAGAAGAGAUUCAUUCUAAAACAAAGUCAAGAAAACAACUGGACCUCUCUGAGCCUAUUCAACAUUUCUACUGGAAUGUCCCACAGGCUUCUCGAUGUGAGAAGACCAGAAGUCAGACUCAGUUCCCACCCCUCAUACUAGAGCCAUUUCAGUGUCCCUGCCGUGACUCUUGAGGAUUCUUUUGAGCC